ACUUAAAAGAGCCGGAUUCCAGAAACAACCCCCAAAGUUGAUCUUCCCCUCUCCAACUUCAUCUUUUUUUUCUUAUCCCUUUCCCAUUUUAAGUGGGAGAAAGCUCCGCCGUUCGCCAUAAGAACGGCGUAUAUACAAUAAACCUAGAAUCGAGACGAGGUUACUUUAACAUAUCGUCAUGGCAGCAAUCGUCGCAUUCGUCGCUUGCUGCUCCAGGCUCGCCUACGUCGGAUACUAUCGGCCGCACCAGGGAGCCGUCUCCAAAUCAACAUAAUUCCUUUGAUUGGGGGGAUUCCGCCCUACUAGGGCCGGCGGAUUUCUUCCCGUCAUUGGAGGGCUCGAUCGAGCCUCUAGUUGGAAAUUGGUCCUUGGGGUUUUCAGAGAAUGGUAGCAGUAGUAUAAAUGGUGCAGACUGGUCCCUCCCCCUUUUCGAAGGGGCGGGGACCUCUUUCGUUUUUCAAAAUGAAGAGUGUAACGGACAGCUGAACGGUGAGUCACGCUUAUAUACGCCAUAUAUUCUAUAUUAUGUCGUCUUACCCUAUAUGUGUGUAAUUACUAACAACCAACAGCUUCAGAGACUCUAUUACCUAGCUGUGAACUCAGUCCAGAUCUUCUAUUCAUUUCACCCGCGGGUUCUCAAAUACCGCCGCUGUCGGACGCGGAAAACAAUAAUAAUAACAGUCAGAACCCGUCCGUCUCGCCGCCAACGAUGCCCGAGUCCUCUUCGGGCCCGACAAGCCAAUAUUCCGCCAAGGCGAAGAGCCUGUCGCCGCCUAUCGACCCAGCGACGGCUCUCAAGCGCAAGCGCAACAACGCCGCGGCGCGCAAGUACCGCCAGAAGCGGAUCGAUCGCAUCAACGAGCUCGAGACGGAGCUCCGGAGCGUCAAGGAGGAGCGCGACGACCUGCGGCUCCGCCUCGCUCGCCAGGAGGCGGAGACGGCGGCGCUGCGCAGCAUGCUGCAGCUGAAUUCUGGGAAGAGCGGGAAAGGUUAGCAAAGAAAUGGCUGGGGGAGAUGGGCAAAACUCCCGGUUGUCUCGGAAGUUUGUUUUAGUAUAGUCUUAAUACUAAAAUUGGAUGUUGUGUUAUUCUCAGACGAUGUCGACUCGUUCUUUUUCCCCAUGUGAAGUGUUUUUAAAAUGUCCCGUAGAAGGACUGCAGAAUUAUUUCUCGGUUGAGGGAACGUGAUUGUCAUCUUGGAAUUGUGGGAUUGGUUAAGAGGGAUGGAUAUAGAGAUUCUAUAACAUACCAUAUCACGAUGUCUUAACUAACAUAAAAGCGUAUUUGACUUGAUUGAAGGUCGAUUCAUAUUUGCCCGACUACAUAGUAG